AUGUUUUUUCCAACCGUGAUGCAUAACAUUGGUGUUACAUUAAUCUUUUUCGAAAGACUACCAUGUAAAGAAAAGCAGAGAUUUGAGCUGGAGUGGUUGGGGGUGCCUGGAGGCGUCACUAUGUCGUCCUUGAGUCGGGAACUGGUUUUCUUAAUCCUGCAGUUCUUGGACGAAGAGAAGUUCAAGGAGACAGUACAUAAGUUGGAGCAAGAAUCUGGUUUCUUCUUCAAUAUGAAGUACUUUGAGGACCAAAUUCAAGCAGGUGAAUGGGACGAAGUUGAACGCUAUUUAAGUGGAUUCACGAAGGUUGAGGAUAACCGCUAUUCGAUGAAAAUUUUCUUUGAAAUAAGAAAGCAAAAAUAUCUUGAAGCUCUUGAUAGACAAGACCGAGCAAAAGCUGUUGAGAUUCUUGUGAAGGAUCUGAAGGUGUUUGCAUCUUUCAAUGAAGAUCUUUUUAAGGAGAUCACCCAGCUUCUAACUCUUGACAAUUUUAGGCAGAACGAGCAGCUCUCCAAAUACGGGGACACAAAGUCAGCACGAAAUAUUAUGCUGGUUGAAUUAAAAAAGCUCAUAGAAGCAAAUCCAUUAUUUCGUGACAAGCUCACCUUGCCUUCUUUCAAAGCUUCACGCUUGAGGACAUUGAUCAAUCAAAGUCUAAACUGGCAGCAUCAACUUUGCAAGAAUCCUCGUCCAAACCCAGAUAUAAAAACACUUUUUAUGGAUCACACUUGUGCUUCUACUAAUGGCACUCGUGCACCUACUCCUAAUAAUAACCCUCUUGCUGGACCCAUUCCGAAGCCUGGUGUUUUUCCUCCUCUUGGGGCUCAUGGUCCAUUCCAGCCAAUUGUUUCUCCUCCAAGUGCCAUUGCAGGUUGGAUGUCAAGUGCUACACCUUCAAUUCCUCAUGUUGCUGUUGCUGCAGGUCCUCCUGGCCUUGUUCAGGCUCCAAGUUCUGCUGCAUUUCUGAAACAUCCAAGGACUCCUCCAGGUGGUCCUGGAAUGGAUUAUCAAACUGCUGAUUCGGAACAUUUAAUGAAACGCAUUCGCGCUGGCCAAUCAGAUGAGGUGUCCUUUCCCGGUUCAUCUCAUCCUCCCAAUAUUUAUUCUCCAGACGACCUUCCUAAAACUGUUGUACGGAACCUUAGCCAAGGAUCUAAUGUUAUGAGCAUGGACUUCCAUCCUCAACAACAGACUGUUCUUCUAGUUGGAACAAAUGUUGGUGACAUUAGCAUUUGGGAAGUUGGUUCCCGAGAUAGGCUAGCACUGAAAAACUUCAAGGUUUGGGAUAUAUCAACUUGUUCAAUGCCAUUCCAAACAACAUUAGUUAAAGAUGCUACCAUAUCUGUUAAUCGAUGCAUAUGGGGUCCUGAUGGAUCUAUACUUGGUGUUGCUUUUUCGAAGCACAUUGUUCAGAUAUAUACGUACAAUCCAUCUGGAGAAUUAAUACAACACUUAGAGAUUGAUGCUCAUAUUGGUGGUGUUAAUGAUAUUGCCUUUGCUCAUCCUAAUAAGCAGCUAUGCAUAGUUACAUGUGGUGACGACAAGACAAUUAAGGUGUGGGAUGCUGUUGCUGGUCGCAAGCAGUAUACAUUUGAAGGUCAUGAAGCUCCUGUAUAUUCUGUCUGUCCUCACUAUAAAGAGAAUAUUCAGUUUAUCUUCUCUACUGCCAUUGAUGGAAAAAUAAAAGCAUGGCUUUAUGAUUCCUUGGGAUCAAGAGUAGAUUAUGAUGCCCCUGGACUUUGGUGCACGACAAUGGCAUACAGUGCUGAUGGAAGCAGACUAUUCUCCUGUGGAACAAGCAAAGAAGGCGACUCCCACCUUGUUGAGUGGAAUGAGAGUGAAGGAGCCAUCAGGAGGACAUAUUCUGGUUUUCGGAAACGUUCAUUAGGUGUAGUGCAAUUCGACACAACAAGAAACCAUUUCUUAGCUGCUGGCGAUGAAUUUCUGAUAAAGUUUUGGGACAUGGACAGUACCAACAUGCUGACUUCCACUGACGCUGAUGGUGGAUUGCCUGCUAGCCCCAGAUUAAGAUUUAAUAAGGAAGGGUCACUCCUUGCCAUUACAACUAGCGACAAUGGAAUCAAGAUCUUAGCAAAUAAUGAUGGGCAGCGCAUGCUGAGAAUGCUAGAGAGCAGAGCAUUUGAUGGGGUUCGAGGUCUUUCAGAAUCAGUCAAUGUCAAACCUUUUAUUUCUGGUGGAUUAGGUCCAAUCAGUAAUGCUUCUGCCUCUGUUGCUCCAAUCCUUGAACGUUCAGACCGAAUUCAACAACCAAUGUCCCUUGGCAAUCUGGCUACCAUGGAAAGCAGCAGGGUUGCUGAUGUAAAACCAAGGAUUUCUGAUAACAUUGACAAAAUCAAAAGCUGGAAGUUUCCUGAUAUAGCUGAUUCAUCUCAACUCAAGACUCUGAAGUUGCCUGAUCCUCUGACAGCCAGCAAAGUUGUACGGUUGAUCUACACAAAUUCUGGACUAGCUAUACUAGCUCUGGCUUCUAAUGCCGUUCAUAAGCUCUGGAAGUGGCAGCGUAAUGAACGUAAUCCAUCCGGGAAGUCUACUGCAUCCAGUGUGCCCCAGUUGUGGCAGCCUACUAGUGGGGGUCUCAUGUCUAAUGACUUGACUGAUGCUAAACAAGCUGAAGACUCAGUUGCUUGUAUUGCCUUAUCUAAAAAUGAUUCUUAUGUCAUGUCUGCUUCGGGCGGGAAGGUCUCCUUGUUCAACAUGAUGACCUUUAAGGUCAUGACGACUUUCAUGCCACCGCCCCCUGCUGCCACCUACCUUGCAUUCCAUCCUCAGGAUAACAAUAUUAUUGCUAUUGGAAUGGAGGACUCCACUAUACAAAUCUACAACGUGAGGGUUGAUGAGGUUAAAACCAAGCUCAAGGGUCAUCAGAAGCGAAUAUCAGGGCUUGCAUUUUCUCAGAGUCUGAACGUGUUGGUAUCAUCUGGAGCUGAUGCUCAGCUCUUUGUCUGGAAUAUUGACGGCUGGGAGAAGAAGAAAUCACGGUUCAUACAAGCGCCUCCUGCUCUCCAAUCUCCUCUGGUUGGAGAAACUAGAGUUCAGUUCCAUAAUAAUCAAUCUCAUCUGCUGGUUGUUCAUGAAAGCCAAAUUGCAGUUUAUGAUACUCAACUUGAAUGUUUGCGUUCGUGGCAUCCAAGGGACUUGCUAUCUGCUGCUAUUUCAAGUGCAAUAUACUCGUGUGAUGGUUUGGUCAUCUUCACUGGAUUUUGUGAUGGUGCUGUUGGGAUCUUUAAUGCUGAUAAUUUAAGCCUUCGAUGUCGAAUAUCUCCAUCUGCUUACAUAUCUCCACCAAUUUCUAGUAGCAACGGCAAUGCCUUCCCCGUGGUGAUUGCUGCACAUCCAUCUGAUCCAAACCAGUUUGCCCUCGGCAUGAGUGAUGGUGCAGUUCAUGUGAUGGAGCCAUCAGAUGCUGAGACGAAAUGGGGUGGAUCAGCCUCUCAAGACAACGGGGCUUUGCCUUCGAUUGCUUCGAGUUCUGCAUUGAAUAGUCAGCCAUCUGAAACCCCUUCUAGGUGA